AAAAGGAAAUUAUUUAUGAAUUUAUUCAUAAUCCAAGAUCCCGUUGACAUAUAAAAUCACAAACAUUGAAAAGAAAAAAAAACGUAGCUAAAAUUAAACAGGUUAAAGAUUUAAAAUGACUCAAAUUUUAAUCCAAUAUGAAAACACCCAUGUAUAAUGUAGGUAGUGCUGAUGUUUUCUUUUCUACAGUAAAUAAGUUCUGGGAGAAAUUAUGUCUAAAGACGUUUCAGGACCACUUGAAUGAAAUCAAGUCUUUUGACUUUCGGAGCUGAGUCAAAAAGUAAAGAAAAGUAAAGUGCUGUUGUGUUUUCUACGUCGAUAUAAUUUGUAACCUAUCUGUCCUGUUGCUAUGGCAAGACUCAAACACAGUAAGAAUUGUAAUCUGAGGGAAACCACUUUCGUUGGUCGUACAUAAUUCAAAUACUUGAAUUAUUAACUGUCUGGAAAUCGGACUUGAAUUAUUUAAAUUGCAUAAAAUAACGGAAACACGGCCACCGAUGUCCCAUCUGAAGACGACCCUGCAAUGAAAGCACAAAUGAUAACUAAUAUUCCUUAAACAUUCUCACUGCAGGAAUUUGUCACAACUGCAUUGCCUUCUCCUUUUCAACCUGCCGGCAACGAGACUUUUUGUUUCAUCUCAAAUUAUGUAAAAUAUGGGGGAAAAUAAAUCAAAGUAGUUCGAGGUCUGCGCCCAGCCUCAAGGAAGACCCGUCCUCUGGGGUUAUUCCUGGUGAUUAGAAGUAGAAGGAUCACACCUGAACAACCAAUUACCAGAAAGUAAAUGGUGGAUCCAAUUGAUACACGGAUAUCUGAUUAAUCCCAGAGGAACGUUGAAGCACAGGAGCCCCGAAGACUUCAAAGUCUUCAAGUGAUGCACUAGUGCGGACGACGAAUUUCGCAAGGACGACAAAAACAGAGCAACUCUUUUUAAAUUAUACCACUUCUUAAAAUUACAACACGAAACAGGACAAAAAACCAACAAAUGAACGAAUGAGAAAGAAGUUACUGUUAGUCUGAAAAGGGUUACAAAGGCUGUUCGAAGGUUUUGGCACUACAAUGAGGUUGCACUAUUUAACUAACAGCAACACUCGCCAGAAUGUAGUGAAAGUUUAAUGGGAAAUGCUCGGCUUUUGGGAAUGUCUGCUGCUUUUCAGUGUUUAUGCGACAGAACAUACUGUGUACUGUUAUAGUCUGAAUUGCGCAUAGUGUGGCUAAGUGGAGGGCAUCAGGUGCAACAGCUUUUAAAGCUGUUGCACAUUGCUUCAUCAGCUGGUAGGCAUCAAAGUUUGGCAAAAGAAAACAGGAAGACUCACAAAUAUAAUUUAACUCGAGUUAAAGUUCUGGAUCAGGUUGGUGAAUGAUACGUAAACAAGUGUGCACAAAAAGGGAUUUAAUUUAAUAGUUUUUAGUUUUCUUAAAUAUGUAUAUCUUACAGCGUGCCUUUCAACAAGACCUGCUUUUGUGGUCAUCUGCUUAGAUGGGUCUCUUGGUUUUCAGAGGAAAUUCAAAAAGUAGAAUAAGCCAGGUGGCUGUGGUUGACCGAAGCAUCAACAGGUGUUUAGAGUGUCAACAAGAGAAAAACCUGCUGAUGUGAAAGUACAAGUUUUAGUAAACUGACAAACUGAAUGAAACGGAAAUAUCUCAGCAACACCUGUAAGUUUUCUUCAUACUGAGAUUAAACCACAAUAAGACAACAGUCAGAAGUCGUGCAAACAUGAAGACACCAGAAACUUAGACAUUUAAAAACUUGUAAAGAUCUCCUCGCUGUUGAGCAUCUCACCAUCUUUCUGAAAGAACAGCUCUCAACUGGACAACGACGAUAACAUACUCCCCCAGAUUAGGUAUUGUUGGCUUCUAACGUCAAAGGUAACAACUUGGGAACGAUGAAAAGACGAUUUCAACAUGACUAUUUGUACCUGAGGUACCAGUAUCAUCACCUGAAGCUCGUUCUAGUUCUAAAGAAAACCUUCGGUGUUGUGACAGUAAAGUAAUUCUGUGUCUUUUGCAAACUGUGGUUGCAUAACCAAAGUUAAGCCCCUGUAAUCAAUAAUGCUGUCAUGAAUUACAUAGCAAGACCACAAACCACUAGUGCGACACCUUCUGCAGAAUAAGUUAAUGCCCUUCUUAGACGAACGACGCAUUCGCUCAACUGUAGCCUGACAACAGACACAGCUCUGUAGCUUCUACCUUUCAUUUCUCUUCCACAAUGGAAUGUGUCACUGAAACCUUCUCUAACGCCAACCACUCCACCUCUGGAACGUCUCUGUUCUUCAGUCAUCCGUCGUACGUCGCCGCCGCCGUGAUCGCUGUGCUCAGCUGCCUUCUGGGAAUCCCGACCAACGUCCUCGUGAUCGUGAAACUCAGCAGCCACCUGCGAGGCUCCUCCAUGACGAAGCGCCUCAUCUUCAACCUGGCUCUGUCGGACCUGCUCUCGCUGUUCUGCUUGGUGAUCGCCGGGGCCGUUUUUGCCACCGGGCCCCAUUUGGCGCACGGACUGUGUCAGCUUUUCUUUUUCAUCUUCUUAUUCUGCAUCACCUCCAGCUCCAACAUCCUGAUGCUGAUAAGCGUUCAACGUUACUACCAGAUUCUUCAUCAUGCCAAGUGGCAAAAAGUGGCCCGAGCAUGGCAGCGGGUUUUACUCUGCGGUGUGUGGAUACUCGGGGCCCUGCUGCCUCUCCCACCUGUGCUUUCUCUGACGGAUAAGAACAGCGAAGACGCCGACAAGACGUCCUGUAGGAACAAAAUGAUCACACCGCAAGCCGAGGUGGUCUACGUCGCCGUAGCGAUAUCGGCUCAACUUGUGGUGCUGGUGUUUUACCUAAAGCUUGUGAGAGGCGUCAGGAAGGUUCAGAUGUCUGACAGGAAGAAGCAAAAGAUCAACAGGCUGUUCACUCGGAUCCUUGCCGUCUCUCUAAUAGACUUUUUGCCGUUGUUUGCUCGACUUGUGGCCGUUGCCGCCCAUUUUAAGUGUUCAAACACGUUGUCCCAAGUCAGCAGGAAUCUGACGUCUAUCGAGUGUUUGUACUUUUUAAACCACUGCCUGAACCCCCUGCUGUAUUUCUUUGCUUCUCGGCAUCAGCUAAGAGACAGAGAGAAAAAGAGAAAGCUCUUCCUCAUGGCUCUUAAUGACAGUUCUUAACAAGAUCCUUGGAUAUCUGUGCUGUGCUAUUCAACCUUUACACAUUUUUAAUUUAUAAAGAGGUAUUAACACUGUUACAAAAAAAAAUCCCUGUGGCAUAUAGAUGACUUUUUUGUGGAUUUAUCUACCUUUUUUUUUUCGGUAAAGACAUGUUUUACUAUUAAAAAUGUUUGAAGGCUGGACAUGCA